GAGCCAAACGUCUAGCAGACGUCUACUAACUACGAACGGGUAAACGCGCAAUAGGACUGUUUUCUCGUCUUGUGGUGGAGUGCAUUGGAAAAAAAGAAAGAAAAAUUAUUUAUUGGAAAAUAAUUAGUGUUUUAAAAUUGUAUUGAACUUUGGUGAAACUGACAAAAAGGGUUUUUUGAUUUAUCACGAGGGCAAUCAUAAGUCUUCAUCAUGGGGGACAUGUUCCGCAGCGAAGAGAUGGCUCUGUGCCAAAUGUUUAUACAGCCAGAGGCGGCAUACACGUCUGUGUCGGAACUGGGAGAAACUGGAUGCGUUCAAUUUCGUGAUUUAAACAAUGGCGUCAAUGCAUUCCAACGUAAAUUUGUUACCGAAGUACGACGUUGUGACGAACUUGAACGAAAGAUUCGCUAUAUUGAGACAGAAAUAAAAAAAGAUGGAAUCGUUUUGCCCGAUAUAAUUGACGAUAUCCCAAGGGCUCCCAAUCCAAGAGAGAUCAUUGAUCUGGAAGCCCAUUUAGAGAAGACCGAAAAUGAAAUUCUUGAGUUGGCUCAAAACGAAGUAAACCUUAAGUCAAACUAUUUGGAACUCACCGAAUUGCGUCAAGUUCUGGAGAAUACUCAAGGUUUUUUCUCCGAUCAAGAAGUUCUAAACUUGGACUCUAUGCGCACUAAUUUACCAACCGACGAACAUACUGUCAACCAGAAUCGUGGUCGUUUGGGUUUCGUGGCUGGUGUCAUAAAUCGAGAAAGGGUUUUUGGUUUUGAGCGAAUGUUGUGGCGUAUUUCACGCGGUAAUGUUUUUCUUAAACGUUCCGAUUUGGAUGAGCCCUUAAAGGAUCCAGCAACGGGUCAUCCUAUCUAUAAGACCGUUUUUGUGGCAUUCUUCCAAGGUGAACAGCUCAAGAACCGAAUCAAAAAGGUGUGCACUGGCUUUCAUGCAUCGAUGUAUCCAUGUCCAAGUUCGCACACAGAACGAGAAGAUAUGGUAAAGGGUGUUCGUACUCGGUUGGAAGACUUGAAGCUGGUCUUGAGUCAGACCGAAGAUCAUCGCAGCAGGGUAUUAGCUACUGUAUCGAAAAAUUUGCCAACAUGGAGCAUCAUGGUGAAGAAAAUGAAAGCAAUCUACCAUACGCUGAACUUGUUUAACAUGGACGUCACUAAGAAGUGUUUAAUCGGGGAGUGCUGGGUACCAACCCAGGAUCUACCAAUCGUACAAAAGGCUCUGUCAGAUGGAUCAGCAGCAGUUGGGAGUACUAUUCCAUCAUUUUUGAAUGUUAUUGAUACUAAUGAGGCCCCACCAACCUACAAUCGCACCAACAGAUUCACUCGGGGCUUCCAAAAUCUCAUUGAUGCUUAUGGUGUUGCUACUUACCGCGAGGCCAAUCCGGCUCUGUACACCAUUAUCACUUUCCCAUUCCUGUUCGCCGUGAUGUUCGGUGAUUUGGGUCACGGUUUUAUUUUGCUAUUGUUCGGUGCAUGGAUGUGCAUAUGGGAGAGGAAAUUGCAAAGGGUUCGUGCUGGAGAGAUCUGGACAAUAUUCUUUGGCGGUCGCUAUAUCAUUUUGCUCAUGGGAGUAUUCUCAAUGUAUACCGGUUUCAUGUACAAUGAUGUCUUCUCCAAAUCCUUCAAUAUCUUUGGCUCGACUUGGAGAGUUAGCUACAACGAGUCGACAGUCAUGACCAAUAAGCAUCUUCAACUUAACCCUACAACAGACGUCGAAGGUGUUUACCCAAUUGGAUUGGAUCCUGUGUGGCAGUUGGCAGAGAACAAGAUUAUAUUCUUGAAUACCUACAAGAUGAAGCUCUCAAUUAUAUUUGGUGUGAUUCACAUGUUCUUCGGGGUCUGUAUGAGUGUCGUUAACUUCAACCAUUUCCAAAAACGUGUCAGCAUCUUCUUGGAGUUCUUGCCACAAGUUCUUUUCUUAACUCUCUUGUUUGGUUAUAUGGUCUUUAUGAUGUUCUUUAAAUGGGUGAAAUAUACAGCCAAGACCGAUAUUCCAGCUGACAGACCCGGAUGUGCUCCAUCUGUGCUCAUUAUGUUCAUCAACAUGAUGCUCUUCAAAUCUACAGAACCCCUCAAAACCUGUGACGAAUAUAUGUUCGAGUCGCAGCACAUGGUGCAACUUAUUUUCAUUAGUAUCGGUUUAAUAUGUAUUCCAUGGAUGCUGUUGGGUAAACCCAUUUAUGUCAAGUUGACCAGAAAAAAUCAAGGACACGUCAAGAUUAAUGGCGAUGUUAACCAAGGAAUGGAACUCACUCCCGAAACCGAUAGCCCUCUUCCACUUGGAUCCGAUGGACAUGAAGGUGGUCAUAAUGAAGAGGAGGAACCGAUGAGCGAAAUCUUCAUUCACCAGGCUAUUCACACUAUUGAAUACGUCCUCAGUACUAUUUCCCAUACGGCAUCAUAUUUGCGUCUUUGGGCUUUGUCACUGGCUCAUGCUCAACUUUCUGAAGUACUCUGGAGUAUGGUGCUAUCCUUGGGUAUGCAAAGUUCUUCGUAUACCGGAAGUAUUAUGCUGUUCUUUAUUUUUGGAGCAUGGACUCUCUUUACUCUUGCAAUUUUGGUCAUGAUGGAAGGCCUAUCGGCUUUCUUGCAUACACUUCGUUUGCAUUGGGUCGAAUUCAUGAGCAAGUUCUAUGCCGGUUUGGGUUACGCCUUCCAGCCAUUCAGCUUUAAAUUAAUUCUUGAAGCUGAAGAAGAGGAAUAAAAAGAGUGCAGUAUUUUUAUCCAACGAAUAAUUAUGUUUUUUUUGUUCUUAUAACUUUACCUAUGUAUAUGUUUUUGUUCUGUUACAAUUGUGUUUUUUUCCCUUAAAAAUAUUUGUUUUUUUUUUCUUUUUACAAAAAUUUAACUUUAAAAAAACUUAAAAGUUUUUACACAAAUAAAGUAUUCCUGUUGAAUGUUCUUUUUUCCCUACAUGUUCAAUUUUAAUAGCAAUAAAUUUAAAAAACACGCAA